AUGAACGAACCAAUUUUUACCUGUAACGCUUGUGUUACCCAAUUCAAGUCCAGUGAUCUUCAAAGAUAUCAUAUGAAGACUGAUUGGCACAGGUACAACUUGAAGAGAAGGAUUGCUGAUUUAUUACCUAUUUCAUCAGAUGAAUUUGCAGAGAAAUUACAAACAUCUGAAAGGGAGCAAGCUAAACAUCAGGUUGAUGAGUUUGGUUUCCCACUAUUAAAAUCAUUACCUAAGCAUCAUCACAAACACAAUAAUGAAGUUACCAAGUUAUCAAAGGUCAAAUCCGAAGCAACCGACGAAUCUGAUAUAGAUGAAAAAGUGAGGACUAACCUAACAAAGACUACUUCAAGAACUGACUCAGUUACUUCCGAAUUUUCUCAGGUAUCGCUAGAAAGUAGAGAAACUUAUGGUGAGGCUACUGCUUCUGAAUAUGGAUUCACUAGUGAUUCUAAUUAUGAAAAUGAUACGGCCGAUACAGAUGAUAUUGAUAACGAUUCUAGUGAUAUUGACGAUGUCCAUUUUACGAGCUCUAGAAUUACUAAGUGUAUAUAUUGUGGUAUUGAGAAUAAGGAAAUAAACAGAAAUGUCAAACAUAUGUUCCAGAAACAUGGUCUUUAUGUCCCUGAAAGGUCAUAUUUAAUAGAUUUACCAGGCCUUCUAAAUUUUUUAUACGACCUAAUUGUCAUUAACCACAAUUGUUUAUGUUGCAACUUCAUAGGUUCAUCAUUAGAGAGUAUUCGUGCUCAUAUGGAUUCAAAACGUCAUUGUUGGAUGCCUUACGAAACUUGGGAACAGCGUGAAGUAUUUGAACCUUUCUAUGACUUCAGUUCGCUUGAAGAAGAGAGUAAGGCUAAAUCAUCAUCAUCAUCUAAUAAUAGCAACAAGAAAAACAUUAGAUUCGCUGUGGAGGAUGAUGAGAAGUCAGACGAAGAUGCCUCUAACGAUUCAGAAGAAGAACCGACUGGUAUAAACUCAAAUUAUACCAGAGUUGAAAUAGAUGAUACCGGACUCGAAUUAACUCUUCCAACUGGUGCAAGAUUAGGCCACAGAGCUGGCCAAAGAUAUUACAGACAGAAUAUUCCUACGCAUGAAACCUCAGAAAGUAGAGCCACUGUAACAGCAGCCGAUCGAAGAUUGGUAAGUGGGAUUACUGAAAGGCAAUUUAAACAAGGUAUUAAGAACGGCCAACAAAUGGAAAAGAGAGCUAACGAUGAUAGAUUGCGCAAAGAAAUGAAGAGAAUGAACUUCCAAACCCAUUACAGAGAUGAAUUCCUGCAAUGA